UGAAGAAAGCAUCGGGCAGGACAGACGUGGUCCAGAGAUGUCCUCUCAAAACCGGUUCCUUCUUUGGCUAUCAUGGAUGGGGGCUCUGAUAGCGAUUAGCCAUCAAGCACCAAGGUUGGUGCUGGUUGCCCCCAGUGUGGUGACAGUGGGAACAGAUGUGCGGAUUGUGCUUCAGGUUGACGGUGCUUCCUCGGACCUCGCAGGGCACGUCUUUUUCCAAAAUGAGUUGACUGGAAAAAAAUGUUCUGAAGAAAAACCAUUCAGUCUUCCGUCCAAGCCUUCUGAUCCAUCCAAAAAAUUUGUGCAAGAUGUGACCUUGAAGGUGACACAGCGUCUUUUUGACUUUUGUGGCUUGAGCACCCAGCGGCGAAACCGCUACAUCCAACUUGUGGCCCACAGUUCUCAGCUCAACACCCCCAGGAACAUUCAAACCCUCAACCUGCGUUGGAGCGCACGAGAGGGGUACCUCUUGCUACAGACGGACAAGCCCAUUUACACCCCCCGGCAAAAGGUGAACUUCCGAGUCUUCCCUCUGGAUCACAAGUUACGUCCAACCAAUAAUCUCGUUGUUAUCACUGUGAAGAAUCCACGGGGAUUUCAGGUCAAGAAAAUUGAGCGGAGCGCACUUAAAUCUGUCAUAAAUGACCAUCUGUCAAUUCCUGACAUUGCUGAGCCUGGCAUUUGGACCAUCACGGCCAACUUUGCCCACGGGCAGAGCUUUAACACAACCACAGAGUUUGAAGUGAAAAAAUAUGUCCUGCCUCAUUUCGAAGUGAAGAUUGUCCCAGACCAGAAAUACAUCCUGGUCACCGGACAGCAAACACCUGACUUGCAAAUUAAUAUUCAGGCUAAUUUUUUCUAUGGGAAAGGGGUCACCGGCACAGCAUACGUGCGAUUUGGUGUGAUUGGUGAGAAUAAGGAAAAGGUCUUUAUCUCAGGACUAGUACAUCAAAUCCAGAUCGAGGAUGGUGAGGGCUCGAUGAUCUUGAAACGCAGCGUCCUCGCUGAGAAAGUGGGGCGCCCCCUGCAGGACCUUGUUGGGACAUCCCUUUACAUCGCAGCCUCUGUCAUAGAGACGGCUCGAAUCACCCUGCCGGAUGGCUCACCAGCCCCCAACCUCCCAGUCCACUUCAGAACCCACAUAACCGGGGCAGCAUCUCCCACGGAUCAACAGAUGAAUACCAAUAAGCAGGGAAUCGUGAGCUACAGAAUCAACGUGGCUCAAGGGUCUUCCUCAGUCACUGUCAAGCUAUCAGCGGGAACAGAGAGUCCAGCAGAAGCAACCCUGACCGCCAAAGCCACCAAGUCCCCCAGAGGCAACUAUCUGAUCAUUGAAAGUCCCCAAAGUUAUGGCUUGAACAUUGAAGACACCCUCACAAUUGGAUUGAAAGCCGUUGGAUCAAAUACCAUCACUGACAUCUACUACAUGGUUUUGAGCAAAGGUGACAUCAUCUCUGUAAACAGAGUUCCAGCUGGCAUUCUUACAGUAGCCCCUAUUCGUAUUACACCUAGUCUGAUGCCAACAUUCCGUGUUGUGGCCUAUUAUCAUAUUGGGGAUGAAAUUGUCUCUAACUCCAUAUGGUUGGAGGUUGUCUCCCGCUGCGAGGGGAAGCUGGAGAUUCGCUCCUCGGCAAACAUAGACCGCCUGCAGCCUCAGGCACGCCUGCCACUCACCAUAAACACGGAUGCCAAAUCCUUUGUCUCUCUCUCUGCCACGGAUGCUGCCGUUUACGCCCUCAACGGGAAGAAUCGGCUCACACAAGGCAAGGUAUGGUCCCUUCUGCUUCAGCCGCUCUCCUUGGCGCACGGAUGCGAAGAAAACGUUUCCCGGAAAAAGCGGUCCCUGUCAUUUCAACUUGAGAUGCAGAAGAAAGUUGCCAAAUACCGUACACCUGAUCAAAUUAAAUGCUGCAAGGGAGGCAUGGAGUUGCUUCGCAAAGCCCUGACAUGCGAUGAACGUGCCAAAAGGAUUAAGAAUAUCCAGUGCCGUGAAGUCUUCCUUGACUGCUGCCGUUAUGCUACCAAAUUACGUCGCCAGUCCUGGGGGUCCCAUGGUCUUGCAAGGGUCCAAGAUGAAGAUGAAGAAGAAUUUCUUGAUGAUGAGGUUAUCAUAUUGCGAAGAUUUUUCCCUGAGAGCUGGCUCUGGCAAACCUUCACUGUGGAUCAAACCCUCACAGAACACUUUCAUCUUCCCGAUUCCAUCACCACGUGGGAAAUACAAGCGGUUAGCAUGUCUUCUGAGAAAGGGAUUUGUGUUUCAGAGCCUUUCAAAAUUACAGUCUUCCAAGACUUCCACAUUUCUCUCCGGCUGCCAUACUCUGUGAAAAAGUUUGAACAGAUAGAGCUUCGUCCAGUGUUAUACAACUACCAGUCUGAUCCACUCAGCGUCUUAGUAUACUUGGAGCCAGCUGAAGGCAUUUGUUCCCCAGCAACGCUUGGCCCAGCACGGAAACGGAAGGUGGAGGUGCCAGGGAACUCUGCAAUUCCUAUACCCUUCGUUCUGGUGCCCAUGGGGGCGAGUGACAUCCCCAUCACCAUUGUUGCUCUUGGUGAAUGGGGGAUAGGGGACAAGGUUUCCAAGAAAUUGCGGGUCGAGAAAGAGGGUGCCAUCAGGAUAGAAGAAUAUACCGUUCCUCUUGAUAGUAAAGAUGAACGCACCAGAUCUACGAAGAUUUCAGGUGAAUUGCCAUCCAACGCCAUUCCUGAUGGAGACUUCAAGAUGAGCGUCCGUCUGACAGGAUCAGUUCCUGCUGACACCCUUCAGAGUUCUCUGGAUCCUGAUGGCAUCUCCUCCCUGCUGCGGGUGCCAAACGGAUGUGCGGAACAGACCAUGAUAUUGAUGGCCCCUGCAGUCUAUGCCAUGCAGUACUUGGACCAGACAGAACAGUGGCUCAAUCUGAAACCGGAAAGCAAAGAGGUUGCCUUAGCAAAUCUCCGCACAGGCUAUGCUAGAAUCCUCACCUAUCGGAAAAAUGAUGGAUCUUAUGGAGCUUGGAUCCACACCCCCAGCAGCACCUGGCUCACAGCUUUUGUGGUGAGGGUUUUGUCCCUGACUCGGAUCUACCAGGAGGUGGAUAGUGCCGGGAUCCGGAGAUCGGUGCAGUGGAUUCUGGAACAGCAACAGAAUGACAGUUCUUUCAGAGAUUCCCACCCUGUCUAUCACCGGGAGAUGCAGGGCGGUAUGGGUGGCCUCCGUGAUGGAGUCGCAUUGACAGCCUUUGUCACCCUCUCGCUGAAGCAAGCCUUGCCUAUAUAUAAAGCCAAAGAACAGGAAGAAGAGGCAGAAAGGCAGAAACAGGAACAGCUGAGCCGACUGAAAAAUAGCUUGGAACUCGCAACGGAGUAUCUUGCCAGAUCCCUGGAUGAUCAGUCUCAGGGGCCAUACCCUGUGGCCAUCAGCAGCUACGCCCUCGCUCUCUCUUCUAAGGACAAAUCCGCCAUUGCACGUGCUGGGAGCCGCCUACUGGAGCUUUCCUCAGAAGAUAAAAACAGCACCAUGAUAUAUUGGUUAGCGGACCGUCAGACAACGGUGCCUUCAGCUAUCUCAGUGGAGGCCACAAGCUAUGCCCUUCUCUACUUCUUGAAGCAAAAUGAUUCUGUAACAGCGAGCAAGAUAGCUCAGUGGCUGACUGAGCAGAGGAACUACGGAGGAGGAUUCAAAUCAACACAGGACACAGUGGUGGCUUUGGAAGCCCUUUCCAUCUACUGGAUCAGCACCUUCACGGAAGAAGGGAAUGAACUAACAGUAUCUCUUUCUGUCCCUGGGAAACACUUGCCUAUUCACAUUUACUUCGGAAGAUCCAAUGAUCCGAUCCAGGAAGAGCUUCAGUUUUCUUUGGGAAAAGACAUCGACGUAAAAGUGAAAGGGAAAGGGAAAGGAACUUUGACGGUUCUCAAGCAGUUUCAUGUUUUGGCUGUCCAGAACACCACCUGUCAAACCCUUGGGCUAGAAGUGACCGUGAGCGGCUCUGUUCGGCGAAAUUCUGAAGUGGAUGAUUACUAUUAUGAAUAUGAAGAUGAUCUUCUGCCCACAUCACAACCCGGUAGCCAGCCAUUGUCACGGAUUGAAUUAUUUGACGCCCGGCAGCGCCGAAAGAGGGAGACCAAAAGCACUGAAGAGUCAAAACAUGAUGUCACCUAUGAGGUCUGCUUCUG